AAAAAACAUUGCGCAGCAAAAAUAGUAAAUAAUACUGCAAACUGUGUAGGGAAUCUACUGCCAAAUAAAACUUAGCAGCCUGAUAAAUUGCCCAUGCAACGUGACACAGCUUUUAAGUCCAUGGGUAGAAGGGAGAGCGGCCGUUAUCAACAAUUCGCACGUCCAUUUAUUAUAGUAUCUGAGUUGUCGUUGCAUUUGGAUUUAGUUUAACUUGAAAACUAAUUUUGUAAUUGCAGCUAUAAUUCGCAUUAUAUCCACGUAUAAACAAUUGUAAAUAUGGACGACACGGAUUCUUCAGCGGAUUACAAGAACAGCGUGCUCGAUGAGUUUCGUGUAAACUGGCAGCGUGAAUUGCAGGUACAAAAUGAAGCAGUGCAGCAAUCAGUGCAAGUGGAGCAGACGACGCCAGGAUUACAUGACAUUGAGGCACAGGCCAAGGCCGAGAGUUUUUAUCGCACCGCCGUUGAUCUGGAGCAGCGGGGCAAAGUGUACGAUGCACUUGCAUUUUAUCGCAAAGCAACACAAAUUGUACCUGAUAUCGAAUUUAAAUUUUACGAGCAACAAAAACAGCUCAAUUACGAUGCCAACAAAAUGUUGCACAAUUUACCCAACGAUUUUAACAAGCAACUUGAUUUGUCCACAAAUGAUAACAAGGAGGAUAUUCAGUUAAUCGCUGGCUUGUACGAAAAGUUCCAAAGUGAUCUUUCCAGCGAGGAGAUUUAUGCGGGAAAAAUGUUAAUCAACAGUCGCGAUGCAAGUGUCAUAUCAACCAGCCAUAAUACGCACAUUUCCGAUCUGCCGCCUGAGAUUGUUAUGCAUAUAUUACGCUGGGUUGUGUCCUCCCAGUUGGAUAUGGUAUCCCUCGAACAGUUCUCCGCCGUCUGCAAGGGCUGCUACAUUUAUGGACGCGACGAGGAACUCUGGCGAUUGGCAUGUGUCAAGGUAUGGGGCCACAAUGUGGGAACUUUGGAUGGCACGGAAGACGGCUUGAGUUACGGCAGCUGGCGUGAGAUGUUUAUACGGCGUGACAGGGUGCUCUUUAGUGGAUGUUACAUCAGUAAAACAACCUAUUUACGCAUGGGUGAAAACAGUUUUCAGGAUCAGUUCUAUCGACCAUUGCAGCUGGUUGAAUAUUAUCGUUAUAUACGCUUUCUGCCCGAUGGAAAGGUGCUGAUGGUUACCAGUGCCGAUGAGCCGGCACAGGGAGUUAAUAAGCUAAAGCAACUAUAUACAAGUCGUCCAGAUGUGCUACGUGGUCGUUAUCGUUUGUUUGGCAACAUUGUUACCCUAAUCCUACAGAAAUCACAGUCGUCGAGGCCAACGGUGCAGCGACAUCGACGUGGCAGCAUUAUGCCCGGAGAUGAAGAAUCCAACAACUCGCAAUAUGUGAUAGAACUGCGGAUCAUGAAUACGGCCAAGCGGCAAUUUGGACAAUUGGUCUGGACCAAGUACACAUUGGUGCAGAGGCGCAACAAGAUUGAGACUAGCUCGGAAUUCGAUCUGACAGUCGCCAAGUAUCCGCCGUUGUGGUUCUCGCCAGUGAAGAGCUAUCAUCUGGAUGCGGAUGCACCAUUGACCUAAGAUCCCGGAACACAAUUUUAAAAAUGAAGAUUGUUUGUUGAUUUGAAUUAAAAAAUAAAAACUAUUUUUAGAUCUGUA